AUGGGUGGCAAGACUAUUCAGGUGUCAGGAUUUCCCGCAACUGUCCAUGCUGAACAUGUCAAGGAUUUGUUGGAACGAAUUGUUGGUACUGGCAACGUCUAUGCGGUCAAGCUCAGGCCUCCAAAGGUCGUCUCUGCAAACUCGAGAUCUUUCGCUAUUGUUCAGUUCCAGACCGAGGCACAUGCCUCACUGGUGGAGAAUGCGGCUCGAAGGAAGGCACUUAAUUAUGGAAGCUAUUAUCUGAAGGCCCGACCUGCGGAACGUGACAUUGUUCCAAGACCAAGAACUACGAUGUUUAACCUACAGGGUGCAACGCUGCAUCUUGGCUGCCUUCUGAAGGAAAGAGUUCUAUCUGUUCUGUGGAGCGGAACGGAUGUUUCUGUUGACUUUGGAUUUGCUAUGAAGAAGAUUGACUUCUGUCUCUUGUACAACUUGAAGAAAUACAAGCUUGAGCUUUCCUAUGAGAGCAUAUGGGAGAUCCAGCUUCACAGUCCACUUGGGUCACCGGAAAAGUUCCUCCUGAUUCAGGUUCUAUCUGCUCCAAAAAUUUAUGAACCAAACCCACGCCGUUCUGGUUAUAUGUAUGAGGAUCCUUUAUUCAACUAUUUUAGGGAUGAUACAGAUGAUCAAUGGACCAGAACAACUGACUUUACUCCAUCAGCAAGCAUUGGCCAAUCAUAUGUUCUAUGUCUGGAGCUACCAUAUCUUGCUGAUCUCCCAAACAUUCGCGAGUACUUUGUUUACUAUGAAGAAUGCAAUUCUGAGUUUCAUUGCCAGUGUGGAUAUUCAUACUCUAGCAAUACUUGCUUUGUUCCAAUUGUGAAAUCUCAUCGUUACAUUGAUGUCCCCUAUGACAUACUCUUCAAGAUCAGCCACUUGGUUCAGAAUGGGACACUUAGUGGGCCAACACUUGAUGACAACUUCUUCCGUCUGGUCAGCCCACAAUAUAUAUGUAUUGACCAUAUAAAGCGUGCACUUGAAAAGAUGGCAUACCUAAAAAAGACUUGCCUGAAUCCAACAAACUGGUUAUCAGAACAAUACAAAAAAAUUCGGAGAUCACGCUACGUGUUAACAUCACCCAGCAUAUCUCUGGAUGAUGGGUUGGUAUAUGUCUACAGGGUGCAAGUUACCCCUGUGAAAGUGUACUUUUGUGGUCCUGAGAUUAAUGUCUCCAAUCGUGUUAUACGGAAUUAUGCUUCUGAUUUGGAUAACUUCCUUCGGAUUUCAUUUGUUGAUGAGGACUGUGAGAAGCUCCGUUCAACUGAUUUAUCACCACGGUCUGCUCCAGGAAAUAAUACAAGGAUAACUGCUCUGUAUAACAGAGUUCUUUCAGUCCUUUCAAAUGGCAUCACUAUCGGUGACAAGCACUUUGAGUUUCUAGCCUUUUCUUCAAGCCAGCUCAGAGAUAACUCUGCAUGGAUGUUUGCUUCUCGGCCAGGGUUAUCUGCCAGUGACAUCAGGGAGUGGAUGGGAAACUUUCGUAAUAUUAGAAAUGUGGCGAAGUAUGCUGCAAGGCUUGGUCAGUCUUUUAGUUCCUCAACGGAAACCUUGAAAGUACAUCAGUAUGAGGUUGACAAAAUUCCAGAUAUAACAAAUGGUACAAAGUAUGUAUUUUCUGAUGGAAUUGGAACCAUCUCAGCUGAUUUUGCAAAGGAAGUGUCUAUGAAGUGCAAAAUGAUCCGCUUUACCCCCUCGGCUUUCCAAAUAAGGUAUGGAGGUUAUAAAGGUGUCGUCGCUAUUGACCCAAGAUCGCACUGGAAACUUUCUUUAAGAGGAAGCAUGUCAAAGUUUCAGUCAGACAACAUCACACUAGAUGUCCUUGCAUACAGCAAGUACCAGCCAUGCUUCCUGAAUCGGCAGCUAAUCACUCUUCUUUCAACACUAGGAGUCAGUGAUAACAUAUUUGAACGGAAGCAACAAGAGGCUGUGAAGCAGUUAAACAGAAUGGUAACUGAACCACAAGCUGCUAUUGAGGCGAUUGAACUUAUGCCCAUGGGAGAGAUUACCAAUACGGUGAAGGAAUUGCUGCUAUGUGGCUACAAGCCUGAUCUUGAACCAUAUCUUUCUAUGCUGCUACAAACCUUUAGAGCAUCCAAGUUGCUAGAACUGAAAACGAGAUCAAGGAUACUUAUCCAAAAAGGACGUGCAAUGAUGGGAUGCUUGGAUGAAACAGGCAUGCUGGAGUAUGGACAAGUUUUCAUUCAAGCUUCUACCAGUGCAACUGGCCGUGAUAUCGAACAAGUAACUGGAAAAGUUGUGGUUGCCAAAAACCCUUGCCUCCACCCGGGCGAUGUCCGUAUUCUCCAGGCUGUUUAUUAUCCUGUUCUGAACCACAUGGUUGACUGUGUUGUCUUUCCACAGCAAGGGCCAAGGCCUCACCCUAAUGAGUGUUCAGGGAGUGAUCUUGACGGAGACAUUUAUUUUGUUUCAUGGGAUCCAGAUCUCAUUCCAACUCGUAUGGUGGCACCUAUGGAGUACACUCCAGCAUUAACAGAAACAUUAGAUCAUGAUGUUAGGAUUGAGGAAGUACAUGAGUACUUUACAAAUUACAUAGUUAAUGAGAGUCUGGGAAUCAUCGCCAACGCGCAUGUAGUCUUUGCGGAUAAGGAAGAUCUUAAGGCUGAAAGUACACCCUGCAUUAAGCUGGCCGAGCUCUUCUCGAUUGCCGUCGAUUACCCAAAGACAGGAGUGCCGGCUCAAAUUCCGUCUGAACUACAUGUGAGGGAGUAUCCAGAUUUUAUGGAGAAGCUUGACAGAGCUACCUAUGAAUCUAAGGGAGUAAUAGGGAAGCUGUAUAGGGAAAUAAAGAAGCAGAACCCUCACAUAGGGCACUUCACAAAGGACGUGGCAAGGCGGUCAUAUGACACUGAUAUGAUUGUUGAUGGUUACGAAGACUACAUCGACGAAGCUGUGUGGUUCAAGGGAGAGUAUGACUUCAAGUUGGGUAACCUGAUGGAUCACUACGGAAUAAAAAGCGAGGCUGAGAUAAUAAGCGGAUGCAUUCUUAAGAUGGCAAAGAAUUUUACCAAGAGCAGUGAUGCCGAUGCUAUCAGACUGGCGGUGAGAUCUUUGCGGAAAGAAGCAAGGUCAUGGUUCAGUGAGAUGAGCGCAGAUGAGAGCAGGGAUGGUCAUGAAGCCUCCUACGCCAAGGCAUCCGCUUGGUAUCAUGUCACCUAUCACCCGGACUACUGGGGUUCUUACAAUGAAGGGUAUGAUCUCCGGCCACACUUCAUCAGCUUUCCCUGGUGUGUCUUUGACAAGCUGCUGCGCAUCAAGCAGAGGACAGAACUUGUAAGGAGGAUGCAGCCUGAUGAGCUCGAUCUCCAGAAUAGAAUGAACCGGAACAUGAGGCUCAGUUGACUGCUACUGACAGGUUUCUCUUGUACAUGUAUUUGGACAUAUCGUUUCUCAUGCUAGGAUGAUCACUGAACUGUAACAUGAGGUUCAGUUGACUGCUACCGGCAGGUUUCUCAUGUAGUUGUAUUUGAACAUGUCGAUUCCCUCGCUAGAAUGAUCACUGAACCUUGUACAUACAUUUGAACACGUUGAUUCUCAUGCUAGAAUGAACUUCUGAAGGCAAUUGUAAUGGCAAA